AUGAGGCAAGAAGGUCACACCCAAGUGCGAAUUAGGACGACGGCACGAAGUAGAAUGGCCGAGGCAGAAGGGCCGUCCGACUGGGAGGCAAGAAGCCAUCUGGAGUAUUCACUACAAAUCGUGUUGUUUGGUGGGGAUUUGCAUAGAGACAGGCGAUAUGGCGGUUGCCGCUACUGUGAUGCGCCCUCAUUUUCGCGACUAUUUUCACUUUUGACCGAGAAGCGAAAAACAGGCUCGCUUAAAGAGAUCUUGGUCGGACCCAUCAUCAGCAGACGACGUGAAGCGUGA